AUGGAGUCCAAGUCACAAAAGAGCGAAAUUUCCUUCGACGCGUUCUCCUUUCCAGCCCGCGAGAGCCGCUCUCCUAAGUACUUCCUCGCAGACAUCACCCACACUUCGGCACUGGAUUCGCGUGUUGCGUUCCUCCUGAUUCCCCAAUUCGGAGACCAGCCGAUGGAGAAGAACAUCGGUCGCUGUCUCCACUGCGGCAAGCAUGCUGAUUGA